UUUGGUUGUUGGAGAGAAUAAAUGCUUCUUUUUCUGUGCUGAAAAAGACACAACAGUGGAAGCCAUAGUAAUGGCCAAGCAUUUUAGUUCAGCAAACAGACAGAACGGUUUCUUCCCUUGUUUCUUAUUAAUAUGCUAAUGUAAUUUUAUAAUUAACUUUUCAUUUCAUCAAAGACAGCAGCACACACACACAGCAGUUUGAGCUAGUGUGUGUUCUCUGUGUGUGUGUAAUGAGCCAUAGAUUCAUACAUCUCGGACCACGUGGUGGCGACCCUCUAAAUUCACACACAACACACACUUUGCUUUGCUAAUUGCUGUGAGCAUCAGAAAGAGAAAGGAAUUAAUUAAAAUUGCCCAUCUGUGCUUCUCUUUCCAGCCAGGCCACCCAAUUUUUCCAUUUCAUCAACCCAUUCUACAUGCUGCCAGCUCUGAGCUCUCCCACCCUCACACACUCAUACGCACACACACUGUCCAUCUACUUCUUGGACUCUUCAAGUUUCUUGAAACUGUAAAAGAAAUAUAGAAUUUAGGAACUUUCACGCUGACCCACAAUCACAACCUGCCCAGAGAUCCCACUUUCAUUGUUCAAAGAAAGAAGAUCUCCAGGGACUAGCAUACAAGACAAUUCUUGCAGUUUCUUCACAUUUUCCAGCAAGAUGAGAAUUGGGAAUGUUACAAGCCAAAGGGUGCAGUUCUUGAGGAAGGGCAUUGUUGUAUGUGCAGUGGCAGAGAUCAAGAACGGGAUCCAGCAAGUAUAAUGCUGGGGUUAUGUUGGGGGGAAUAUGAGAGUACUAGGUACGAGUUUCCACUUCCUUGUAUCCCUUUAUGCGUUUUGUCUGCUUCAGUUUGUGAUAGUUGGAGUCUCUCCAAUUACUGAAAAGGAGAUUUUGCUUCAGUUUAAGGGCAACAUUUCUAGUGACCCUUCUAAUAUUUUGAGGUCUUGGGAUCCUAGUAAAAGCCCUUGUCAAGAUUAUAGUGGGGUGUUUUGUAAUUCAGAUGGAAAUGUGGUAAGGAUUGUGUUGUGGAAUACUGGUCUUGGUGGAGUGUUGUCUCCGGCAUUAUCUGGGUUGAAAUCUCUGAGGAUUAUAACCUUGUAUGGGAAUAAAUUCACUGGUAAUGUCCCUGUUGAGUAUGGGGAAAUUGAGACAUUGUGGAAGAUAAACUUGAGUUCGAAUGCGCUAUCCGGAUCAAUCCCUGAAUUUCUUGGAGAUUUGCCAAACAUAAGAUUUCUUGACUUGUCAAGAAAUGGGUAUACUGGGGAGAUCCCUUCGGCAUUGUUUAAGAAUUGUUACAAGACAAGGUUUGUUUCUUUUGCACAUAACAAUCUAUCAGGGUUAAUCCCUGUUUCAAUUGGUAAUUGUUUGAAUCUAGAAGGGAUCGACUUGUCUUUCAAUGCUCUCACCGGGUUGUUGCCUUUAGAAGUUUGCAGCAGUCCUAGGAUGAUGUACUUGUCAGUGAGGAGUAAUAUGCUAUCAGGAGGUGUUCUAGAACAGGUUUCAAAAUGUGGAAGCUUGGAUCUUUUGGAUCUUGGCAGCAAUAUGUUUACUGGAUCUGCACCGUUCGAGGUUCUUGGAGUGCCAAACCUUACAUACUUCAAUACUUCUUGGAAUCAAUUUCAAGGGGAAAUUCCAGAUAUAGGAACUUGCUCUGGGAAAUUGGAAGUCCUUGAUGUUUCAGGGAAUGCUUUGUAUGGAGAAAUUCCACCAAGCAUCACAAAGUGCAAUGGCCUUAAGUAUUUAGAUUUGGGUUUUAAUAGGCUUAAUGGAAGCAUACCAGUUGGAAUUUCUGAUUUGAAAAAUCUCCUGGUCAUUCGACUGGCAAAUAACUCAAUAGAAGGAACGAUCCCUACAGAGUUUGGGAGCAUAGAAUGGCUUGAAGUGCUCGAUUUACACAAUCUCAGACUUGGUGGUGAAAUCCCAUAUGAGAUCACCAAAUGCAAGUUUCUUCUUGAGAUGGAUUUCUCUGGAAACUCGUUGGAGGGAGGAAUUCCACAAAACCUGGAUAACAUGACAUACCUUGUAAUUCUUGACCUACAUCACAACCAGCUAAAUGGAAGCAUACCGUUGACCAUUGGAAAUUUGUUUAACAUACAUUCUUUAGAUUUCUCAGAGAAUUUACUCUCCGGUCCAAUUCCUUCUAGUCUUGGAAAUUUGAAAAAUUUAACUCAUUUCAAUGUCUCUUAUAACAACCUUUCUGGUGUUAUCCCUUCAAUUCAAAACAUCCAGCAGUUUGGAUUCUCGGCUUUUUUUCACAAUCCAGGUCUAUGUGGUGCUCCGUUGGAGAACUCCUGCUCAGGUGUUACUGCUACUCCAGUUACAAGGAAACCAAAGUUGAGUGCUUCUGCAAUUGUUGCUAUAGUUGCUGCUGCUCUGAUCGUUACUGGUGUUUGUAUCAUAACUGUAAUAAAUAUAAAGGCUCGUGGAAGGAAAAGAGAAGAUGAAACUAUGAUUGUUGAGAGCACUCCAUUGGCUUCAACAGAAUCAAAUGUCAUCAUCGGGAAAUUGGUCCUCUUCAGCAAAAGUUUACCCUCAAAGUACGAGGAUUGGGAAGCUGGAACUAAAGCUUUGCUUGACAAGGAGUGUUUAAUCGGUGGAGGUUCAAUCGGGACAGUUUACAAAACUACCUUUGAAGGCGGCAUUGCCAUUGCAGUAAAGAAACUUGAGACACUGGGACGAAUCAGGAACCAAGAUGAGUUUGAGCAUGAAAUAGGACGUCUAGGAAACCUCCAGCACCCGAAUCUAGUUGCUGUUCAAGGUUAUUAUUGGUCAUCCAGCAUGCAAUUAAUCUUGUUGGAAUUUGUUUCCAAAGGGAAUUUAUAUGAUAAUUUGCAUGGACUUGGAUAUCCUGGUACUAGCACUGGUUCUGGUAAUCCAGAACUAAAUUGGUCUAGAAGGUUUCAAAUAGCAGUCGGAACAGCCAGAGCCUUAGCCUACCUUCACCAUGACUGCAAGCCUCCAGUUCUUCAUCUUAACAUAAAAUCCACCAAUAUACUUCUUGAUGAAAACUACACAGCUAAGCUGUCUGAUUAUGGCCUGGGAAAGUUGCUUCCCCUUCUGGAAAAUUAUGGUUUCACAAAAAUCCAUAAUGCAGUCGGAUAUAUUGCACCAGAACUGGCUCAGAGUUCCCGACUCAGUGAUAAAUGUGAUGUUUAUAGUUUUGGGGUUAUUCUUUUGGAAUUGGUUACAGGAAGGAAGCCGGUAGAGAGCGCAGCUGCAAAUGAGGUAGUGAUUUUGUGUGAAUAUGUUAGGAGUCUUAUAGAGACGGGUUUGGCUUCAGACUGUUUCGACAGAAGUUUGAGGGGAUUUGUGGAAAAUGAGCUGAUUCAGGUAAUGAGGUUGGGUUUGAUCUGUACUUCUGAAAUGCCUUCAAGGAGACCGAGUAUGGCUGAGGUUGUUCAGGUUCUUGAGUCUAUAAGAAAUGGUUCAGAAUCAUAACCAGUAAGUAGGCGACGUUUCUUUACUUGGUACAGAGAAACAUAAGAAUUCUUUAGGAUUCAUUCUGAAAAUUACUCCCUUCAAUUGUUUGUAGUUGGCAGCAAUGUUAUUCCAUUCUUUUGUAGUUUAUGGAGCAUAUAUUUUGUACUACAUAUCCCAAAAUAAAUGAAUUUUCGAGCUUAAAUGUUCUCUUCCUCC